GGGGUCAAGCAGCUUUCUGUCCGCAAGGGGUGAGCGGCGACUAGCGGCAGCCUCGGCGAGCUAGCUGCGGUAGAAGACACAGACCUCCCUGGAGUCCUCUGACUCUGAGCCAAAGUGUUGGAUGUUUUUCAGUCAUGAAACGAGUCCCACACCACCGACGGACUUCGCUCUGGUGUGGCCCAAGUUACUAGCAUUGUCCAAGAAAAACACGCAGUGGGAUUCGAACUCGUAACCCGCCGAACAUAAGUGCGUAUCUCUCGGUGAGAUAUUCGGGAGGAGAAACGCCGCCCGCAGCCGUGACACAAUCAGAUAGGAGUCUGUUUUUCCUGCGCGUCAUGUCCCACAGCAUCUACUACUGCUGCAGUUUCACCGUGGGGAGGCAAUGAAAAGUGGACCGUCUGGUUUGUUGACUAUCUUCUCCACGGGACGACGCGUGCUCUCAGUCACACCGCCUGCGCGUUAAGGUAGUCCGGUCCUGUUUUUAAGACUGGUCAAGGGUCCGGCGUAUCCCCGAAACCAUGAAGACCACCGAGGAGACCGAGGGCUUUGAUGGUGAGGCCUCCAACACCUCCAUGAUCUCCGGGGCCAGCAGCCCGUAUCAGCCCACCACCGAGCCCGUCCACUCCCGGAACGUUUUGGCAGGAAUGAGGUGCGAUGUGGAGUACCUCAGGUCAUACUUCGGGAUUUUAAAGGUGGUCGAAGUGAUUUUUUCGCUCAUCGGUUUCAUCUGCAUAGAAACAAUCAUGUCGUGUUCUCUCUGUGAAGGCGUCUACUUCUUUGAGUUUGUCAGCUGCAGUGCCUUCGUGGUGACGGGAGUCUUGCUGCUGCUCUUCAGUCUGAACCUUCAUAUCAAGGUUCCUCAAGUCAACUGGAGCCUCACGGACCUGGUAAACACAGCUGCCAGCACCUUUUUCUUCUUCCUGUCAUCUCUGGUGCUGGCCUGCAUCAAUCACAACACAGGGGCUGAAAUAGCAGCAGUGAUCUUCGGCUUCCUGGUGACAGGUGUGUACAGUUUAAACACCUUCCUGGCUGUACGGAGGUGGCGCCGUGGCAACGGGUGUCAGGGGGUGGCUCAGACCAGCGAGUACAUCCGAGCACGCACGGCCUCUCGUGGAGAAAUGGAGGCACGACCCGAGCUUGCGUGAAAGCUGGAGCAUAACGAGAAACACUAACUGAAGGUUUUCACACCGACAGCUGACCGAGACCGACACAACUGCACCCGUUAGGCGGUGUUGGGCUUUGGGAUUCUACAGCUACUACAUGAUUAUCCCUUUCAUAGCUGAAGAUGAACUCUGUGGGCUUUUCUAGACCAAUCAUCAAGGCUAAACACUCGCAGGUGGACGUAGUGUGAUGGACAACUUUAACGAAGAGCUGCAAAAAAAAAAAAAAGGCUGAUGUGAUUCCAGCUGAUUCUAGUCUUAUCUAAAACGUUUAUGUUUUUGUGUGUAUGAAUAUUGAGUAUUUUAAUUUUCUUUUGUUUCGUCGCUCGGUCUGUGAAAGUUUUUAUCCAUAAAACGGCUUCUCCUAAUUACUUUAGAUGCCAAGGUGGAAGUUUCUUAUAUUGUUAGGCAAACCUUACAAAUAUCAUUUAACUCUUUACCAUAAAUAACAAAUAAGGUCAGAGUUCUGAUGAGUGGGGGAAAAACAUCUAUAUCAUUUGAUAAAAGUAGCAAAACAGGAUAGAAAUCAUAAUAUUUAACCCCAGUUUAUUUCUUUCAACCUUUGCACAAACGAUCCAGCUCUGUAGAUUUUUGCUGUAAAAAAAUGAGAUCAGUAUAGAGGAGAGACAAGUCUCAAGAGAUCUGUGCGUGUGUAACAAGAUUUGUGUGUGUUUCUAGAUCUGUGUGUGUAGCUAGAUCUAUGAUAUCACACACAGAUCUUUAGUCACUCACAAGUUGUCACAACUCAUGUUACACACACACAAAUCUAGUUACACAUGCACACGUUUUGUUGCACACACACACACAAAUCUAGUUACACAUGCACACAUUUUGUUGCACACACACACACAAAUCUAGUUACACAUGCACACAUUUUGUUGCACACACACACACAAAUCUAGUUACACAUGCACACAUUUUGUUGCACACACACACACAAAUCUAGUUACACAUGCACACAUUUUGUUGCACACACACACAAAUCUAGUUACACAUGCACACAUUUUGUUGCACACACACACAAAUCUAGUUACACAUGCACACAUUUUGUUGCACACACACACAAAUCUAGUUACACAUGCACACAUUUUGUUGCACACACACACACACAAAUCUAGUUACACAUGCACACAUUUUGUUGCACACACACACAAAUCUAGUUACACAUGCACACAUUUUGUUUCACACACACACAAAUCUAGUUACACAUGCACACAUUUUGUUGUACACACACACAAAUCUAGUUACACAUGCACACAUUUUGUUGCACACACACACAAAUCUAGUUACACAUGCACACAUUUUGUUGCACACACACACAAAUCUAGUUACACAUGCACACAUUUUGUUGCACACACACACAAAUCUAGUUACACAUGCACACAUUUUGUUGCACACACACACAAAUCUAGUUACACAUGCACACAUUUUGUUGCACACACACACACACAAAUCUAGUUACACAUGCACACAUUUUGUUGCACACACACACAAAUCUAGUUACACAUGCACACAUUUUGUUGCACACACACACAAAUCUAGUUACACAUGCACACAUUUUGUUGCACACACACACAAAUCUAGUUACAUGCACAUAUUUUUUUAGACUUUUUUCUCCCUGUAGAUUGCCUUGUUCGAGGUUUAAAACUUUUGAUUACAGUACACUCACACGUGCAUCAUUUCAAAAUAACCACGAGCUAGAAGUCAGUGUCGUGGUCUUUUUGCACAUGUUGACUGAAAAUGACUUUAAACUGUAGCCCAGUGCCUAUAACACAUUUCUCAGGUACCGACACCUUGUUUCCUGUUUGUUAGUCAGAAAACAUCUGAAACAAAAUCACCGGAUGCCUCAACCUGAACGCUGCAGCUGAACGUUCCACCUGUGCUAUAGUGCAUUAGAGAAUGAAGGUCAAUAAAUGUUAUGUAAUAAAAUGAAUCUACUCAAGGGUUCAGUGCGUUUUCUAAACCGACUCUUGAGCGCCAUCUCCUGGUCUUUAUUUAACCCCUUUAUACUUUUUUUUUUUUUACUACAGCUGUUAUUUGUUGUAUUUAUUUAAAAACACAGGGCCAGGAAUGUGCUGAGAAAAUUACUACAAAUAAUUAAUAAAUAGCAUAAAAUGUAUAAAAGCGGGCAUUUUUGUGUUUAAAAGUAACCUGGAUUUGUUUAUUCUUAGUUUUCUGGAUGAAACGUGUAUGAGACAAUCAUGUUUGCAGCUUUCAUUAAUAAACUCAUUUUCACUGAUGUUAUAAAACAAUCCUCAGCAACAAAAUCAUACAACUGCUUUAAGUUUUUUUAGGUAUAUGAAGUGACUACACUGUGUAUUUGUAAAAGUUGCAGUGCUUUGUACAACCUUAUGUUGCAGUAAUAUUCUAGAGUCUCUGAGAAGAAAUGGAUUCAUUUCUGUUAUUUUCUGGUUUUGUGCACCUUUUAUAUCCUGAGUCUGUGUGUUUUGGUAAUGAUCACACCAGGAUCUGUGCUGUACAGCAUUGAGCUGGUUAGCUUUUUUAUUUAAAAUAUUCAGAACUUCUUCACAUCCGUUUAUAGAGAAAAACAAAUAAAGACACAUUAUGAAAGUA